AUGGGAGUUGAAGAAAUGGUUGCAAUGUUUCUAGUCGUUGUAGGUCAUGGUGUAGGCAAUAGAAUGAUUCAAGAAAGAUUUCAACACUCGGGUGAAACGGUAAGUAGACAUUUUCACCGAGUUCUUCAUGCUUGCCUUAAGUUGUCCUUUAAAUAUAUCAAACCCAAAGAUCCUAUGUUUCGUGAUUGUCAUGCCAAAGUAAAAAAUGACCAAAGUUAUUGGCCAUUUUUUAAGAAUGCUAUAGGAGCGAUUGACGGCACACAUGUGUCAUGUGUAGUUAGUGCUAGUGACCAACCCAAGUUUAUCGGAAGAAAAGGGUAUCCGACACAAAAUGUUAUGGCUGUAUGUGAUUGGAAUAUGUGUUUCACUUUUGUAUUAGCUGGUUGGGAAGGUAAGUAUUAUUUGGUAGAUUCUGGGUAUCCAACACCAGUCGGAUACAUCGGUCCCUAUAGAUGUGAACGCUACCAUCUUCCCGAGUUUAGGCGUUCAAGUGGAUUUGAAAAUCAUAAUGAAGUAUUCAAUUAUUACCACUCGAGUUUAAGAUGCACAAUAGAAAGAACUUUUGGGGUGUGGAAGAACAGAUUUGCAAUCCUACGUCGCAUGCCGAAGUUCAAAUAUGAAACACAAGUUCAAAUAGUAGUCGCAACAAUGGCAAUACACAACUUUAUCAGAAGAACUGCUGAAGUGGAUAGUGAUUUUAAUCUUUAUGAAGAUGAAAACACAGUCAUUCACCAUGAUGAAAUUCAUAGAUCAAAUAACUUGGAUCCGUCACAAGUUUUCAAUGUAGCUUCUUCGUCAGAGAUGGAUCAUGUUCGAGACUUAAUUCGUAAUCAGAUUAUAGAGUCUAGGUUAAAUAAUUAG